AAGCAAAAGAAAAACAAAAAAGAAAGAGGGAACACGUAGCAGAGGAGUUUGGUAGAGAAGAGUUUAAUUGUUCCCAAUUUCCUUCUCCUUUCCUCUCCAUCUUUCCGAUCCUUUUUAGGGUUUUAUAAUCUCCACAAAAUUGCAAAUUUGGCCCUCCCAUUUUCAUUUCUACCAAUUAAGCACCGACAGAAUUUCAAAUUGUAAAAUUUGAAACAUUUUAUGGCUUCUGAUUCAUGGAGUUCUCGCCUUUCAACUACCACUUCUUCACGGCGUUACCUUUCACGAUCUGAUCUGUACGAGGAAAAUGAAGGGCUAGAUGAUGACUUGAAAGCAGAGUUUCUGUGUCCGUUUUGCGCUGAGGAUUUUGACGUUGUCGGACUUUGCUGUCAUGUUGAUGAAGAACAUCCGGUCGAAGCUAAAAAUGGGGUAUGCCCAGUCUGUGCUAAACGAGUGGGAAUGGACAUUGUUAGUCAUAUUACUAUGCAACAUGGAAACUUAUUCAAGGUGCAGCGAAGAAGGAGACUGCGUAAGGGGAGCUCUAACUCGGCUUUUUCUCUAUUGAGAAAAGAGCUGCGGGAAGGAAGUUUACAAUCCCUUCUUGGCGGAUCAUGUUUUAUUUCAUCUUCUACCACAGAACCUGAUCCGUUGCUUUCAUCUUUUAUAUUUAAUCCGCCUACCCCCGAUGAACCCCUGAGCAUACAGCCUCUUUCAUCAGUUGAAGCAGUCUCUCUGAAGGGAAGCACAAAUGAGGAGUUUCGAGAAAGGAAAGUUCAACAGUCGCUGCUUUCGGGCAAGGACCAAGAGGAGAAGUCUCGAAGGUGCAAAUUUGUCCAGGGGAUGCUAAUGUCUACUAUUCUCGACGAUGAAAUAUGAAUGUUGGGAGGGUAAAUUUGAUGUAAUUAUUAAAAUGAUAGGAGCGGGAGCAGAUGCGAAGAGGAAAUAUGUUUCAUUUGCAAAUCAUAAGUAGUUAGGGUCAGAUGAUCUUUGUAUUAAGCUGUAUUUAUAACUUGUGCGAUUAUUGGAAAGAUGGAGGCACUUGUCUAUUA